AUGUAGUUAGAACACAAUGAUGUUGACAUUCCUUAAGAUUAUGUUAAACUAAAAUAAUAAAACUUAAAAUUAAGAAAUGAAUUGAAGUCAAUUAAUGAAUUUUUAUCUAAAUAAAUCGAAAAAAAAUAGGAUCAACAAAAUAGUCAUAGAAAUUAAUUAAACAAUAAUACUGAAUUUAGAGAAGGUUUAUUUUAUAUCUAAUUUAGAAACUCUUAAAGCUGAAUUAUUUAAUGCUUAAAAAUAACUAAAGAUUCAAUUGAAAUAAAUUUAAAUUCUAUAAAAUAGGCAGGAAUUGCUUUCAUUAGAUAAGUAUGAAAAACCAUUUAUUAUAGUGUUGUACAAUUAUAAUCAUAAAUUAAGAAAUUAAUGGAUAAAAUUAAAGAACUUGAAUAAGAAAAUAAAACCUUAAUUAACAUUAAUGUAAAACAGGAACAAAAGUUACUUUAAUUAUCUUAAGAUAAUUUUAUAAAAAAUAGAAUAGAUUAAUUAGAAUAAGAAAAUUUUCUUCUUAAAUAGAAAGUAAUAGCUAAAAAUAAAACUGAAAGAUCUUAAUCUGUUUAAAUAGCUAAAGUUGAACCUAUCUUAAAACCUAUUUAAUUAAGUCAAAAGCAAUAAGAAAUAAUGAAAGAAAAAGAUCUAUUUAUUGUAUUAUAUAAAUUCUAUUAUUUAUAGUCUUAAUUAUAGAAUAAAUUAUAGGAAUAAGAAAAACAUAUAAAUAUUUUGAAAAAUCUAAAAUCUCAAUAUGAUAAACAAAUUAGCCAUAUGACUCAUAGAAUUAAGUAACUUUAAACCCAAUUAUUGAUAUUAAACUAACAAUUAUAAGAUAAAGUAAUUAUUUAUUUAUUUAUUUCUUAGAAUUUAGAAUUAAACAGAAAAAAUCAUUUAUUACCUAAUUUAAGUGCCAGAAAUCAGAGAUAUCAAUUAUAAAAAAUAAAUUUGAGUGUUGAUAAUUGUUAAAUAGACCAACCUAAAUCACCAAUUUAAAUUAAUUAAUAACAAUAUUCAAAAUUAAUUCAUGAAUUUUAGUCUAAAAGUUUACAAACUUAAGAUUUAUCUUUAUAAACUUUAAAAAAUUAAAAUUUAUUAAAUAAUGAAUUAAAUCAAGAUAUAAAAAUAAUCAGAAUUGAAUAAAUAGGUUAAAAAAAUGAUUAAGAAUUUCAUUUUGAUACACCAUAAUAUUUUAGAUUACAUAAUCUAAAAUUAUGGUGGAAGAAUGAUUACUUAUAAGGUUUAUAAGCUUAUUAUCAUAAUGCUAAUUAAAUUGUAAAUGGUUAAAUAUUCUGUUUGAGUAAUUUAGAAGAAUUAAAUUAAUAAUCUUUUGAAUUACAUUAGUCAGACUGGAUCAAUUAAAUUGGAUUAGGUUUUGAAAUUGAUAAAAUAAGUAUGUUUUUAUAUUUCAUCUUUAAAUAGAAUUUGUUAAAAUAAUUUCAAAUCAAAAUUGUGUUUUGAAAUUUGGAAGUGAAAUUGAUAAAAUAUAAGAAAUUUGUUCAUAAAAAAAUGAAUUUAUUGGAACAAUUGAAGUCUCAUUUAAUUAAUGUAUAUCUACAUAACUAUAUUCUAGUUUUUAUAACAAGCAUAGGAUUUAAAAUAUUUGAUGAAAAAUUAUUUGAUAAAAUAUGA